AUGGAUGAUCGUUCAAAACCUGGUGACGUUGAUAAGGGUGAUCGGGGAAAGCCGCCAUUACCGAUUAAGGGUUUGGCGAGUAAAGUGGUGAGUAUUGAUGGAAAUCCUGUGCUUCCUAGGCGUGGUACGAUGCAGAAUUCUCAGGCUGAUCCAAAACUAUUUAAUGUCAUCGAUGAAUUAACUAAAAUCACCGUCCCGGUUCAACCGUCGGUGAAUCAAGGUCCAAAGGAUAGUAGGGCUGCUGAUGUUUUUCAGGGAUCACAUACAGUUCAGGGAAGUAGCUCUACCCCUAAGUCUUAUGCGGAUUCGGUCGCAACCAGUAACAUUCAGAAAGUUAACUUCCGGUCGUUGUCUAGCUCGGCUGUGCAUGAAGGAUGUGACGUUGUUCUCCCCAAGGAAUCCGUCCGAACCGUGCAGGAAAAAAUGUCUAAUACUAUCUAUGGGUAUUUUUUGGGGGACCGAGUUGCAUUCCCGGUUGUUGAUUAUUUUGUUAAAGUUAAUUGGAAAAAGUAUGGGUUGCAAAAGACGAUGAUGAAUGCCAAUGGUUUUUUCUUCUUUAAGUUUAAUGAUGAAGGCAGGAUGUUGAAUGUCCUCAAAGAUGGUCCGUGGAUUAUCAGGUCGCAACCGUUGUUCCUAAACACAUGGACUCCUACAACCAAGCUGGAAAAGAAAGAAGUAAAGAAGGUGCAAGUUUGGGUUAAAAUUCAUGAGGUUCCAAUUGCGGCUUAUACGGAAGAUGGCCUUAGUCUGAUAGCUACAACAAUUGGGGAACCAAAGAUGCUGGAUUCUUUUACAACAUCUAUGUGUACGGAUUCGUGGGGCCGUAGCAGUUAUGCAAGAGCUUUGGUGGAAAUUUCGGCUGAUAAGGAGUUUCGUGAAGAGAUUACAAUGGCGAUACCCGAACCGGAAGGGGAGGGUUUUAUUAAAGAAACUAUGUAUGUGGAGUAUGAAUGGAGCCCGCACCGUUGUCCUACAUGUUGUGUGCUUGGUCAUUCGGUUGAGAUGUGUCCGAAAAGCCCAAUGAAAAAUGUUAGGCAGGACGUGCCAAAUCGUAAUAUUCAAAAGAACAGGCAAAUUAAAAAGGUUCCGAAUGUCGACCGGGAUGGUUAUACUGAAGUUCAUGGUAAGAAAGUUGCUAGAAAGGUAGGCAUUCUGGUGAACAAACAGAAAAACAAGUUUGAAUAUCGGCCGGUGGCUUCAAAACCUCAGCCGAAAGUCAAUAACGGGUCAACUUCAUUGGCUAUUAAAUUGAAUAACCCUUUUGAUGUCUUAAAUCAAGUUGAUUCGGAGGAGGGUACUAGCAAGAAAUCGUCGGGUAAGGGCCAGGAGGAUACGGAUGAUGAGGUUGAAGAAGUGUAUAAUGAAAUGGAUGUUUUUAUGCAGCAAGGUGCGCUAAAGAUACAGAGUAAACAAGGGGCAAGCACUCCUUCUCAGGUAGUUGCUGAUGGUUAG